AUGGCUCUGCCCCUGCCCCUGCCUCGAUGGCUCUGCCCCUGCCCCUGCCUCGAUGGCUCUGCCCCUGCCCCUGCCCCUGCCUCGAUGGCUCUGCCCCUGCCCCUGCCCCUGCCUCGAUGCCCCUGCCCCUGCCCCUGCCCCUGCCUCGAUGCCCCUGCCCCUGCCCCUGCCCCUGCCUCGAUGCCCCUGCCCCUGCCCCUGCCCCUGCCUCGAUGCCCCUGCCCCUGCCCCUGCCCCUGCCUCGAUGCCCCUGCCCCUGCCCCUGCCCCUGCCUCGAUGCCCCUGCCCCUGCCCCUGCCCCUGCCUCGAUGCCCCUGCCCCUGCCCCUGCCUCGAUGCCCCUGCCCCUGCCCCUGCCCCUGCCUCGAUGGCCCUGCCCCUGCCCCUGCCUCGAUGGCCCUGCCCCUGCCCCUGCCUCGAUGGCCCUGCCCCUGCCCCUGCCUCGAUGGCCCUGCCCCUGCCCCUGCCUCGAUGGCCCUGCCCCUGCCCCUGCCUCGAUGGCCCUGCCCCUGCCCCUGCCUCGAUGGCCCUGCCCCUGCCCCUGCCUCGAUGGCCCUGCCCCUGCCCCUGCCUCGAUGGCCCUGCCCCUGCCCCUGCCUCGAUGGCCCUGCCCCUGCCCCUGCCUCGAUGGCCCUGCCCCUGCCCCUGCCUCGAUGGCCCUGCCCCUGCCCCUGCCUCGAUGGCUCUGCCCCUGCCCCUGCCUCGAUGGCUCUGCCCCUGCCCCUGCCUCGAUGGCUCUGCCCCUGCCCCUGCCUCGAUGGCUCUGCCCCUGCCCCUGCCUCGAUGGCUCUGCCCCUGCCCCUGCCUCGAUGGCUCUGCCCCUGCCCCUGCCUCGAUGGCUCUGCCCCUGCCCCUGCCUCGAUGGCUCUGCCCCUGCCCCUGCCUCGAUGGCUCUGCCCCUGCCCCUGCCUCGAUGGCUCUGCCCCUGCCCCUGCCUCGAUGGCUCUGCCCCUGCCCCUGCCUCGAUGGCUCUGCCCCUGCCCCUGCCCCUGCCUCGAUGGCUCUGCCCCUGCCCCUGCCCCUGCCUCGAUGGCUCUGCCCCUGCCCCUGCCCCUGCCUCGAUGGCUCUGCCCCUGCCCCUGCCCCUGCCUCGAUGGCUCUGCCCCUGCCCCUGCCCCUGCCUCGAUGGCUCUGCCCCUGCCCCUGCCCCUGCCUCGAUGGCUCUGCCCCUGCCCCUGCCCCUGCCUCGAUGGCUCUGCCCCUGCCCCUGCCCCUGCCUCGAUGGCUCUGCCCCUGCCCCUGCCCCUGCCUCGAUGGCUCUGCCCCUGCCCCUGCCCCUGCCUCGAUGGCUCUGCCCCUGCCCCUGCCCCUGCCUCGAUGGCUCUGCCCCUGCCCCUGCCCCUGCCUCGAUGGCUCUGCCCCUGCCCCUGCCCCUGCCUCGAUGGCUCUGCCCCUGCCCCUGCCCCUGCCUCGAUGGCUCUGCCCCUGCCCCUGCCCCUGCCCCGAUGGCUCUGCCCCUGCCCCUGCCCCUGCCUCGAUGGCUCUGCCCCUGCCCCUGCCUCGAUGGCUCUGCCCCUGCCCCUGCCUCGAUGGCUCUGCCCCUGCCCCUGCCUCGAUGGCUCUGCCCCUGCCCCUGCCUCGAUGGCUCUGCCCCUGCCCCUGCCUCGAUGGCUCUGCCCCUGCCCCUGCCUCGAUGGCUCUGCCCCUGCCCCUGCCUCGAUGGCUCUGCCCCUGCCCCUGCCUCGAUGGCUCUGCCCCUGCCCCUGCCUCGAUGGCUCUGCCCCUGCCCCUGCCCCUGCCUCGAUGGCUCUGCCCCUGCCCCUGCCUCGAUGGCUCUGCCCCUGCCCCUGCCCCUGCCUCGAUGGCUCUGCCCCUGCCCCUGCCCCUGCCUCGAUGGCUCUGCCCCUGCCCCUGCCUCGAUGGCUCUGCCCCUGCCCCUGCCUCGAUGGCUCUGCCCCUGCCCCUGCCUCGAUGGCUCUGCCCCUGCCCCUGCCUCGAUGGCUCUGCCCCUGCCCCUGCCUCGAUGGCUCUGCCCCUGCCCCUGCCUCGAUGGCUCUGCCCCUGCCCCUGCCUCGAUGGCUCUGCCCCUGCCCCUGCCUCGAUGGCUCUGCCCCUGCCCCUGCCUCGAUGGCUCUGCCCCUGCCCCUGCCUCGAUGGCUCUGCCCCUGCCCCUGCCUCGAUGGCUCUGCCCCUGCCCCUGCCUCGAUGGCUCUGCCCCUGCCCCUGCCUCGAUGGCUCUGCCCCUGCCCCUGCCUCGAUGGCUCUGCCCCUGCCCCUGCCUCGAUGGCUCUGCCCCUGCCCCUGCCUCGAUGGCUCUGCCCCUGCCCCUGCCUCGAUGGCUCUGCCUCUGCCCCUGCCUCGAUGGCUCUGA